AGACUCAAAGUAGACUACUAGAAGAACUCUUCCCAGCAAAAUGAUGAAACCGACUAUACCUGUCUCCCUUCACGUAUCAAUGAAUCAAUUUUGACUUCCUUUGAAUCACAUACAAUUCAAUUCAUACACAGUUACUUCAAUGGAGAGAUCGCCUAAAGAAACCUGGGAUGGAAUGCUCCCUGGUCCACCGUCGCGAUCCAACGGCGGAGCAGCCGAUCUCAGUUUCUCCGGUCUACUCGCUUACGCCACCGGCUGCAGCGUUGCCGUCGUAGAUUCCCGAUCAAUGCAACUAGUUUCCGUCCUUCCUCUUCCUCCUCCAUCUGGCAUCAACAGUACCAGUACCAGUAGCAGCAGCAGUUCGUCAUCUUCAUCUUCAUCUCUUUCCCCCUACGUAACCUCCGUCCGCUGGUCUCCUCAAUCUCUCCGUCGAGACAUUCUUUCUCAUGAUCCAUCAUCUACUUCUCAUCUCAUCCUCGCCGCAGGCGAUCGGCAAGGACGCAUUGCACUAUUGGAUCUCCGUAAGAGAACUCCUAUACUCUUCCUCGAAUCUGAAAAUUCUAAGGCGGGAAUCCAGGACAUCUGUUGGAUACAGGAUAGACAUGACUCAUGGAUUAUCGCUGCCUUAUCUGGUCCUUCAUUUCUUUCUCUCUAUGACGUCUCAACCGGUCGAUGCUUCUUCAAGUAUGACGCAUCGCCGGAAUUAUUCUCAUGCAUUCGAUUAGAUCCAUUUGAUUCCCGCCAUUUCUGCGCUUUAGGUCUCAAGGGAUUCUUAUUGUCAAUUGUGGUUCUAGGCCAGACAGAGAAUGAUGUUGUACUUAAGGAAAUUAAAGUGAAUACAGAUUAUUCGGAAUUGCAGAAGCUUGAAGCUGCAGCUGUUAGUGGUAAUGGAAUAUCAAUUUCAACGUCUCCGGCUCUUGCUGUAUUACCUACCUAUCUUGUGAGGUUUGCAUUUUCGCCGCAUUGGCGGAACAUUCUCUUCAUAACUUUUCCAAGGGAGCUGGUGGUGUUUGAUUUGCAGUAUCAGACGGCAUUAGCUGUGGCAUCACUGCCACGAAGCUUUGCGAAAUUCCUCGACGUUGUCCCAGAUCCGAAUCUUGAAUUGCUCUAUUGUGUACAUCUUGAUGGGAAACUUAGUACUUGGAGAAGAAAAGAAGAUGGACAGGUGCAGAUAAUGUGUACAAUGGAAGAACUGGUGCCGUCAAUUGGAACACCCGUCCCUUCUCCAUCUAUUCUUGUGGUGGCACUCUCUCAAAUAGAUUCUACCUUCCAUAAUAUUGUGAAACUAAACUCUGAUUAUUUUCUUGGUUCCGUCGAUGGGGAUUUUGACUCUCCUCUCAACUUCGAUGAUGAAUCUCUCCUCACUUCUAAGACACGAUUGCUAUGCAUAACGGACGAUGGAAAAAUAUGGAACUGGAUUCUGACUGCCCAAGGACCUUAUGAUGCUAAGAAGAAUACAUCUUCAGCUGCUGAUGAUGAUAGCGAUGUAGUGCCAGUCCUAGAGAAAAAACUGAACAGUAUUGUUUUGUCUGGUGAUCAACUUGCAAUAGAUACGUCUAAGUCACAAAAUAAUCUGAAUCCUAUUUCCACCGCCUCACAGAGCUUCACUGUCAGACUAGAAGAAAUGUCAUUCAAGAUUAGCUUAUCUGGACAGCUCAGCCUUCUUUCAUCCACAGUGACUAUACUAGCUGUACCAUCUCCAUCUCUAACUGCUACUUUGGGCCGUGGUGGCAAUGAUCCUGCUGUUGCGGUUCCUCUAGUUGCCCUGGGAACUCAAAGCGGUGUUAUUGAUGUGAUUGAUGUCUCUGCUAAUGCUGUUGCCGCAAGCUUUGCAGUUCAUAGUACAACUGUUAGGGGAUUAAGAUGGCUUGGGAAUUCUAAACUAGUUUCAUUCUCGUACAUUGAGGGGAAUGAAAGAACAGGUGGCUUUACAAAUAAGCUUGUUGUGACCUGUCUUCGAAGUGGCAUCAAUAAACCGUUUCGUGUUUUCCAGAAGCCAGAACGAACACCAAUUAGAGCUUUAAGAACUUCAUCAUCUGGAAGGUACCUUCUUAUUCUGUUCCGUGAUGCACCUGUAGAAGUCUGGAUUAUGACAAAGACUCCUGUAAUGCUUAGAUCAUUAGCUCUUCCUUUCACUGUAUUAGAGUGGACUUUGCCAACAGUUCCCCGUCCAACUCAAAGCGGACCAACCAGGCAAUGGCCAUUAAAAUCCACAAAUCAAACAGUAGCAGCUCCAACUGAAGUGUCUUCCCCAAAGGAAGCUUCUUCCACUGGUUCUAAUGAUUUGAGUUCAGAUGGAGCCCAGGAAACAUUUUCAGAGACUUUUGCAUUUGCUUUAGUAAACGGUGCACUUGGAGUAUUUGAGGUCCAGGGUCGAAAGAUACGAGAUUUCAGACCAAAAUGGCCUGCUUCUUCAUUUGUUACAACAGAGGGAUUGAUUACCGCCAUGGCAUACCGUAUCCCUCAUGUAGUUAUGGGAGACAGAGCAGGAAGCAUACGAUGGUGGGAUGUGACUACUGGACAAUCUUCAUCAUUCAAUACUCAUAGAGAUGGAAUUAGGAGAAUCAAAUUCUCACCCGUUGUCCCUGGAGAUCGUAGUCGCGGCCGCAUUGCUGUGCUCUUUUAUGACAAUACAUUUUCCGUUUUUGAUCUUGAUUCACCCGAUCCCUUGUCAAAUUCCCUUUUGCAACCUCAAUUUCCAGGAACCCUUGUGCUGGAACUUGACUGGUUGCCCUUACGAAUGGACAAGAACGAUCCCCUUGUUUUAUGUAUUGCUGGAGCUGACAGCAGCUUUCGCAUGUUCGAGAUUAAUAUAACUGAGAAUAGGCCUGGUGGUGGAACCCAAUCAAAAUCUUUGAAGGAGAGAUACCGUCCGACCCCCUUGUGUUGUCCUGUAUUGCUUCCGACACCACAUGCAUUGGCUUUGCGUAUGAUAUUGCAAUUGGGUGUCAAGCCAGCUUGGUUCAACACUAUUAGUACUGGCUUACACAGUAGCCAUAGUCAGAUUCCUGAUAUGCCUCCCAUAUCAGAUCUUCGAGAUUACAUGAUUGACCAAUCUCCUAUCGGCGACUCCGCAGCUCCAGAAAUGCUCCUGAAGGUACUUGAACCUUACAGGAAGGAAGGAUGUUUAUUUGAUGAUGAGAAGGCAAGAAUUUAUUCUUCUAUAGUGGAAAAAGGCUGCACCGCAAGAUUUGCUUUUGCAGCUGCAACUUUUGGAGAUAGUGCUGAAGCACUUUUUUGGUUUAAGCUACAUGAUGCUCUUAACCAUUUGAUGAAUAAGUUGGCUAAGAAGUCUUCACAAAAGGCAUCAUCAGUACCAGCUCCAACACCUGAACUCGAUGAUACAUCUCUUCUUAAUUUGAUUACCUUAAAGGGAAAAUCUGCAUCAUUCACAAGGAAGAGGGAUCCAUGUAAUGAUGGCCAACUAGCUUUGAUGGCUUUUGGACGGGAGGACUUGUUGGGAAGAGCUAACGAACGUAUAUCUUGGCAUGAUAAAUUGGCCGAUGAUGAAGCUAUUCAAAACCGUGUCCACGAGCUUGUUUCAGUUGGGAACUUUGAGAUGGCAGUCAGUUUAUUGCUUUCUACUCAUCCAGAGAGCUCUUAUUUUUAUCCAAAUGCUCUACGUGCAGUUGCUCUCUCAGCUGCAGUGUCUCGAUCUCUGCUUGAACUGGCAGUUAAGGUUGUUGCAGCCAAUAUGGUCGGAUCAGACAGGUCAAUGUCUGGAACACAUCUUCUGUGCGCUGUUGGAAGGUACCAGGAAGCAUGUUCUCAGUUACAAGAUGCUGGGUACUGGGAUGAUGCUGCAACCUUAGCUGCAACAUAUUUGACGGGAACUGAUUAUAUAAGGGUGAUUCAGAGAUGGGCUGCUCAUGUACUUCACGCAGAGCAUAACAUAUGGCGGGCAUUGAUCUUGUAUGUUGAAGCUGGUGCAUUGGCAGAUGUGUUAUCCGCACUUCGUGAUGCUCAGCAACCAGACACGGCAGCUAUGUUCAUACUUGCUUGCCGUGAAAUCUAUUCCGACUUUGUAUCAAAUUUAGCUCCGACAGAAGAAAACGCAACAGCCUCAUCAUUCAUUUUGCCAGGUUUGGAUCCUGAAAAGGAAGAAGUUGUUGCUGUUGGAGAAUACUUUGGUCAGUACCAAAGGAAACUCAUCCAUCUAUGCAUGGAUUCCCACCCAUUUUCUGACUGACCUCUCUUCUUUCUUGUAUGUUUCCCCAAAAAUAUUUUUUUAUUUCAAAUAUAUAUAUAUCAUUUAUUAAUUUAUGUUUUGUAUAUUGUGUUAUGUUAACAUUGGGAUUUAAAAAAAACAUUUUUAAUUGGGGUUACAAAAUA